UCGAAUGUUCUCCGUUGGUGUGAGACGGGUCUUGCAAGUUCGCAGCUGCCUUGUUUUUAUUUUCUCUUCAUUCCUUUUUCUUGAUCUUUAUCUCUCUUUUUUUCUUCUUCUUCCCUUUCGAGUAGUAGUACGGAUAGUGUGGGUACGGAACACGGAGUACUGAUCACCGAUGCACUACUAGUACAGAGGAUUUGCAGUGCAAAGUCCCCGGCGGAGUAGUUAUACAGUACUGUAACUAUGUAUGUACAUACAUACAUACAUACAUACAUGCAUACACAGCGCAAUGGGGUAUGGCUGGGUGCAGCGAGUGGGGUAACGUUAGUUAGUGGGUCGUGUCACUUUUCAGGCGCCGCGGUGCCGUUGCUGACAGGGACAAGACCGAGCCAUCGGCGAGUCGGCCAUCAUCAUCACCGACCAGCAAUCCACAUUGCCAAACGUGGAACACGCCCGAUGAGGUUAUCGUAGCAGGUCACCAUGGACAGGCUGAGUUCGCUCCAUGAUGCGGGGACCAUCGGACGACAAGACAACAGCAGCACCAGAUCGCAGUCCUCAUCGAUCCCGUCAUGGCAAACGCAGCAAGCACACGGCACGUCGCCGCAUUCGCGCAUACAACCGCAGCAGCACGACGCUGCAUCCGCCUUGUCAUCCGCCUUCUCCCCGCAGAGCUCCAACUCAUCCUCCAACUCCUCCUCCUCCUCCUCCUCCUCCUCCACAGACCCGACGCCAUCAUCCACCACCGACCGCAACAGCACGAGGCCGACCGCCGGAAGCCAUCCCCCGACCCUGACGCCUCCCUCCCAGGGCAGCCAAUACCAACAUGAUCAGCCCCAACAACACGCCAACGACCCCGCCCCUGUCGCUGCUACCGCCGCCGCCGAUCAAGAUCAUCUCAAUCGCGAUCGCAUCCGCGUCCACGAGCACGAGCACGACCAAGCCCCCGCACCGGCCCAGGCCCCGGCCCCGGCCCCCGGCGGAGGAGGACCCGCCGACGCGGCAGCCAAGAAGCCCCGCGCCUGCGAGGCCUGCCGCGGCCUCAAGGUCAAGUGCGACCCGGACCCGGACGAUCCCAGGGCGGGCCCCUGUAGGCGCUGCAAGAAGAGCGGCCGGGCCUGCGUCGUCACCGAGCCGUCGCGCAGAAAGGCCAAGAAGACGGACAGCCGCGUCACCGAGCUCGAGAAGAAGAUCGACAUGCUGACCGCCGGCCUGCUCGCUGCCAGCUCCAACAACAACAAGAGUCUCGGCGUCGGCGGCGUCGGUGGUGGUCUGGGAGGAGGAGGAGGAGGAGGAGGGCUCGGCACGGCGGGAGGCACGAGCUGGAACGGGGAGGCAGAAGUCGCCAGGUUCCCGCCGCCCUCUCCCCCCGCGCCACCGCCACCGCCGCCGCCGCCAGAAUCGGCCGUGCAGCAGCCCGGAGUUGGCGCGGCAACGGUGGCAGCGGCCGGGCUGAAGAGGAAGUUUGGCGAGCUGGCGCGGGAACCCGGGGAGGAGGGACCCGGUUCGACGAUCCCCUUGGCGAGGGAUCCGGCAUUGGCGUCCGCGUCUGGCUCGGUCACUCCCCAGGCCGCAGGAGAGGUUGCGAACGACUUGAAGCCGGAUAUCGUGGAUAGGGGGCUCAUGACGAUGGAGCUGGCGGAGAGGCUGUUUGCACGAUACACCACCCAGAUGUGCCAGCACCUCCCCGGCGUGGUCCUCCCGCCGGGCAUGACGGCCUCGGAGCUCAGGGCGUCCAAGCCGAUCCUGUUCCUGGCCCUCAUGACCGCCGCGUCGUCCGAGAUGUCGAAGCUGCAGCGGACCUUGAAUAACGAGAUGAUGCAGGUGUUCGCCGACAGGGUCAUCGUCCGGGGUCAAAAGAGCCUCGAGCUGGUGCAGGCCAUCCUGGUGAGCGUCAUCUGGUACUGGCCGCCCGAGCGGUUCGAGGAGCUCAAAUUCUACCAACUGGUGCACAUCGCCGCCGUCAUGGCCGUCGAUAUCGGCCUCGGCCGGAGGAAGCCCGCCAGAGGCUGCAUCAGGAAACAUCUCUCGGGCAUGUGGCGCCCCCAGUUGUCAGUGCAGACGGAUCCGACGUCGCUCGAGGCCCGCCGGACCUGGCUGACAUGCUACUUCCUGACCACCAAUACCGCCAUGGCCCUUCACCGUCCCAACCUGAUCCGCUGGAACCAUUUCGCGUCCGAGUGCGUCGAGGUCCUGCAGUCCUCCCCGGACGCGGCCCCCACGGACAAGUAUCUGUGUCAUCUCGUAUGGGCGCAGAGGUUGGCGGAGGACAUCGGCGUCCAGUUCGUCAUGGACGAGCCCACGUCGGCGCCCAACCUCGCAGAGCCCAAGACGCAGUAUACGUUGAGGGGGUUCGAACGUGAGCUCGAAAGGUAUUACAACCUGGUACCUAAGGAAUUGCUGCAGCCGUCCCUGAAGAUGAACUUUCAGGUCAUCAGCCUCUACAUGCACGAGAUCGCUACAUAUGGCGAGAACGCCGACGGUUCCAGACCGCAACCCGGCGGCGAGAACCCGCUCGGCUCCGAAACCCCAAUCUCGUCCGCACACAUCAACGCCUUGUCAGCAUGUCUUAGCGCCAUCGACGGUAUUUUCGACGUCUUCUUGUCGCUUGACGUCAACACAGUCCGGUGCUUACCCGUCUUCAACCUUGUGCGCGUCGCCUACGCCGUCGUCAUCCUGAUCAAGAUCUAUUUCGCCGCAUCUUCGCCCAAGAGCGAACUCGGCAAGAUCAUCGACAAGGACCAGAUGAAGGUCGAGCACUACAUCGACCGCCUGCUCGACAAGUUCCGCGCUACCGCCGCUGAGGAUAGGAGCAGGCCAGCAGCCAAGUUUCUCGUCGUGCUCGUAAUGAUGAGGUCAUGGUUCCAGAAGCAGAAACAGCAGACCCAAAACGGCGGGCCGAACGCCGCUGCGAAUGCUCCCGCAGCAAAGACCCCUCCGACCCCGUACCCUCGCCCGAGCGUCGGAGAAAGGCCCGGCGCAACAACCCCGGCGCCCCAACGGGCUCCCCCCCAAGGCUACACGACCACCGCCAGCACCCCACUCCAGCUCCUUUCUGAAGUUGCUACCAACAACUCCGCCGCCGCCGCCGCCGCCGCCGCCGCCCCCGGCCCCCGGGCCUCCACCACCGCCGACCUCCUCCCACUCCAGACAUCAUCCUCUUCCCUCCCCACGCCCGGUUCUUGGCUGAGCGGGCAGCUCAUGUACGGCACCGUCCCCGGGCCCAGAUCAGCAAACGCUACCGACACCACCAACGGCAACAAUACCAACAACGGCCUCGCUAAUGACAAUGGCAACAACAACAACAACAGCAACAACAACAACAACAACGACAACAACGACAACACCAUCACCGCAGCCCCCUUCCUGGCGGGCAUGCCGCCCGCGGACUCGCCCUUCCCCGGCUUGCCGCCCAGCGUCUCCCUGGGCACCGAUCUGGUCUACGACUACGCCACCACCUUCGGGGACGGGGACGGAUGGGCGCAGGCCAUGAACAUGACCCUGGUCGGGUUCGCCGACGCCCCGGGCUUCUUCGGCCUCGACAACCUCGACAUGGCCAGCUACAUGAUGCAGGACCCCACGACGGGUCCCCCGCCGCCGCCGCCGCCGCAGCAGCAGCAGCAGCAGCAGCAGCAUCAACAACAUCAACAGCCGCAGCAGGGUUGGUACCCGCCCGUGGACGUCGGGCUGGGUGCCACGGGCGCCGCUGGUGCCGACGCUGGCGCUGGUGCUGCGGGCUCGGGUUGGUAGGUUAAGGGGAAAAAA